AUGACUCUCAACGCGAACACGAAUAUUUGGAAAGAAAUUUUCCAAAUAAUUCAAAAUCAUCCAGCUAUUUGGAAAAUAAAAAGCACCGAAUAUAGAAAUAUAAUGAAGAAAAACCAGGCAUGGGAAUCAAUUUUAGAGAAGUAUAAAGAAAUUGACCCUGACGGUACCUUGGCCACAAUUAAAAACAAAAUAACUAACAUCAGAACGUGCUACCGUCGGGAUCUGAAAAAAGUAGCCGAUUCCCUAAAAUCUGGAGCUGGGGGAGAAGAUGUUUAUAUUCCCUCGUUAUGGUAUUUUUACGAGUUGGAUUUUCUUCGAGACCAGGAAGAGGCUUCCGAAAGCGUCUCAACAGUAGAUUUCGAUGUUGAAGCGUUAAAGGAAAUUCGGCCUAAACGCAGCAAGAACAAUCCGAAACAAGAUUUUCUGCAACAAGCCUGCGCCCAACUUGAGUCGAUGAAAAAAAUGACGAUGAAGAUGAUGCAAUUAUCCAUGCAAAGUCCUGGGCAUGUUCCUUCAGGAAACUUGACCCUGAGCAAAGGCUUUAUGCAAAAAAAAGCAUUGAAGAAAUUCUCAUUCUUAGUGAACUUAAACAACUAACAUUGCAUUCUAUUGUAUCACCAUCAAUGCCAUCGUCAUCAAGAACUACAAAUAGCUACAAACAUUUUUCACCAUCGCCACCCAUUUCCAUAUCUCCUAUGUCCAGUUCAUCACCAAUACAACGUUAAUCCAACCAUCAGUUUCCACAUCAUCACCUCCAUGCAGUUCAUUACCACAAAAAUAUGUCCAUUUGACCCAACAAGGAAUUCAAAAAGUUGCUCCCAGAAAAUUUUUGAUUUUAGAUCAAAACUCCUUGAGAACUCAAGAACGAAUAGAAAACAAUAUUCAGGAUUCAUUAACCCAAAACAAAGAAGGCGAAUAUUCCAGCAUAUCGGAACUUUUUGAAGACAGAGAAUUUUGUUAAUGACUUUUUUG